UAUAUAUUUAAAAUUGUUCAAAUUUUGCUGUAAAAAUGUACAAUAUUUUCUAUUCACUAAUUUCGCUCAUCCUUCUAUCAAAUUUCACCAUUUUUGCCCAGAAUAACUACAAUGUUAACAUAAUUUUCAAUGGUGUCAUGUACAAUAAAGAUGUUAAAAACAAUGAGUUGCUAUCGGCUAUUGAUUCCAUAAUCAAGGAGCAAAAUCUUGACUACAAAUCAAUCCUUCAACAUUUGAACUACUACAGCAUCUACCAUCAAAACAAACUCAUUAACAACCUCAGCAACCUUAAAUUCAGUGGAAACAACAAUUAUUUAUACGUUUACUACACUCAACAAGGCUUGAAUGAGAUUUACCUGAGUAAUAAUAUAAACAAUUUACUGAACCUAGUUAAAAAAUUCACAAAUAACAGUGAAAUGUACACUAUUAUUGAGCAAGUUUUCAAAUCGGACUUCAUCUUUUCAAUGCUACACGGCCUGUUGUUUAGUAAUAAUGGUAGUAAAAAUAACAACCAAAACAGUUUAUUGCUAAAAUUAUUGUUGAAUAAAUUCGAUAAUGCCAGUACUCCCACUAGCAAGGAUAAAGCCAAGGAGACCAACGACAAGGAAACCAAAAUCAGUAACGUUCUUAAUUUAAUUAAAAAGUUAUAUUAAAGUCGAUUCCCAAGUUUCCGUAUGGUAGUCCCUUCACGAAUCCGUUACUCCCCAAGAGAUGUGACCGAUUAUCAGGAAUGCAGCACAGCUCGACAUUGUUCGUUUUACU